GACUAUGCAAUUUAGGCAAAUUCUUUCCAGCAAUGAUUCUAUUUACCAAUCACAAGUUGCAUUGAUGCUGGAUGACCCUGAACUCUUAGCCGGCUUGUAUCUUGUAUCAUAUAUUUCAACGCUUAUCAAUCCUUUUUCCUCGAUAAUAUCUUACUAUGUUCCGUUUUCUUGUCUCUUUUUUUUUUAUACUUCCGAUAACAUUGGCUAGGCUCCUCCCAUUUAUAGGCAACAAGGGACUACAUUUCCCUUUCCCCCCUCUUCUUCACUUCAAUUUCUGCGCCGCGUCUUCUCCCUCUCUCCAAUCUCCAUUUCCCUCCCCCCCCUUCACUUCAACAAGGGCUCCUCCCUUUCUGGUUUCAAGACAUUUUUGACUCUUCAAAAAGAUAGAUCUUAGACACAUAUACGGACUAGAACUAGAUCUAUAGAGGUGGGAAAUGAUUGUUUGUAUAGGAGGAGGAGAUGGGGAGAGGGACGCAUCGCCACCCCAACCCCAAAGCAUUCGCAACGCCGGCAUUUCUUUGGCUGACGUUUUGGUACCCAGGGGAUCACCCAGUUCAACCCAUGUAGUGAUUGUGAUGGAUGCCUUGAGAGGGUUCUCCUGGGAGCCCUUCCUGUGGGCGCUUGACCAUGUCACUGGCACUGGCUACACUAUCACCCUUCUUGGCGUAAUGCCGUGGAUCCCUCUUGCAUUGUCGCUGAAGACAUGGUUAGACGUCUGGACAUUUGAUCUUGGAGAUUGGUCGGCACUCAAGGGUAGGGGUGAAUGGAAGAAUGACCAGAAGUCUCAGAAGAUUCGUGGGAUCAUCCAGCUCUGCGACCAGAAAGGGGUGGUUCCUUGCAUGAAAGUUGCAAUGGGGCAUCCCUUGAAGCUUGUGGUUCUCGAGCAAACCACAAGUCUUCAUGCAACCUUUGUUGUUAUCGACAGGCAUCUGAAAAAGAACAAAGCAUUCUAUGCCGACAGACUGCCAAGCAAUGCAGUUAUAAUGAACAGUGAUGGAGGUGUUGACAUGCUGAAAAUCCGAUCUACCGAUCUCUCAUGUUCAACUCCAGAACAAUCCCCAGCAACUUUAAAUAUUCCACUGCCUCCUCAGAUUAUGAUCUCCGAAGAGCUUUCUGUGCUUCUCAGGUCCAGAAUCCAUCAACAGGCUGCAGAUAAUGAUCAUCAAAAAGACAACUAAUUAAGGAAAAUGUACGCACGUACGUACGGGUGUUGAAUGUUCUCCCAGAUUUCGAGUGCAUAUAAAGGCAUAUAGCCUAAGAAUCUCUGUUUUUCUUUCUUUCCUUUUCCUUUGGAGCUAACGAGGGGAUGCAAAAUACUUUACGAAAUAAUAUGCAUAGAAGGUCUUGUGGUCUUAUGAUCUUAUGAUCUUGUACAAAAAUAUAAG